ACCGCCCCGAUCAGCUGUUCGGAGCUCCACAACAACAACAAAAGAAGCAGCAGCCGUCGGGGCGACGAGGAGGAGGAAACGGACCGAGGACGGAAAGCUGCGACUCCCGAUGAGCAGCCCGUGAAAACAACAACUUUUAUAUUUUAUUUCUUCCGAGAAGAAACUUUUAACUUUUUCUAUUUUUCGAAAAGUGACGCUUCUACCUCAGCGCGCAGGAUUUUAACGCCGUUUACAUCUCUCUCCGUGAGCCGCAGGAUUCGUCUUUUUGUAUUUUUGCACUCGUCAAUCCGACCCUGACACCGAGCGAUGUCCAGCCCGUGUCUGCUGACCCUCAGAUGAUCCAUGACCACACCUUAUUGAUGCACUUUAACACCUUUCCGGAGCCUUCCUGCCGCCGUGAACCCCGCAGCUGAUGACCAAAGUGUGCGCCACGCCUCCCCGCCGUCGCCCCGAGCCACGCGCCUCCCUCAGCCCCGCCUCCCUCGGCCUCGUGCCACCGCAGGACGUCCAGGGAUGUUCCAGAGGUUUACCAGCGCUCUGUUCGGGGACGACGUGGAGGAGCUGAGUCGACGCAGCAGAACCGGAGACGGCAAAGAGGAAGAGGAGGAGGAGGAGGAGGAAGAUUGGAUCCUGGUCAACUACCUGGCUGAAGCCUGCUCCGGUCAGUGCGCUGACGGCCUCUCUGAAUCCACUGCCGGUCCUGAGGAGGAGGAGGAGGAAGACCUGGUGAUGAUCCCCUCACCCAUGGCCAGCCCUCCAAUCCGCUACGCCUCCUGCACCUCCCUCAACUCCACGGCUGACACCGACCCAGACGGCGGCGCAGAGGAGGAGGAGGAGGAUGAGGACCAUGAGGAUGAAGAGGAGAGCGGGUUCCUCAGUCUGGACGUGGGCUCUCUGGAGGAGAGCUGGUUCGUCACCCCCCCGCCGUGCUUCACCGGCCGUGGCAGCAAGCCCGUCCUCCUGGAGACCAGCCCUCUGGAGAACCUGCUGAUCGAGCACCCCAGCAUGUCCGUGUACGCCCACCACAGCCCCCCCAGACUGAGCCUCGACCCCCUGCCACGCUCCCUCGACCUGGAGCUGGGCUUGUUGCCUGGGAACAUGUCCUCCGCCCCGACAGCCUCAGGUGGGAAGGAGAAGGGCAGGCGCGGUCUGGACGGCCCUCGUCACAGGCCCGAGGUGGCGGUGGUGCAGCGUCGCUCCAGCCUCCACUCCGCCUGCUACGCUGCGGCGCUCUCCGCACGCAGCGGCGUCCUGCAGCAGCGGUCGGGUAACGCCGCCCAACGCACCCAACCGCUGUCCCGCAACGCCCUGCGACGCCUCAACCUGCUGCGCCCCCCGAAGGCCAGCAGCACCGUGCACCUGCACCAGCCCAACCAGAGACACCUCAACUUCUGAGGAGUCCUGAUGAGUCGGCGUCAUCACCUUCAUCAUCAUCAUCAUCAUCAUCAUCAUCAUCAUCAUCAGUCCUAUAAGCAGUAUGGGGAAACCAACACUGGCCACACACACACACACACACACACACACACCUCUGGUUUCUUCUUCUCUUUUCAAGAAAUCAUCACCAGCAGCAAGUCGAUCGACGUCAUCGGCCAUCAGUCGCACCCCGAUCUGUUCUGAAAUCUGAUUGGACGGUGAAAUAGGGAAAGUGGCUGAUGAUGUCAUCAGCUCGUGGUCAGUGGGUAAAAAGUUUCCGUCCUCCUCCUCCUCCGCCUGGACCAGUUUGUGUCCAAUCACAGAGAAGAAGGGUUGUCAUGGUGACGUCGUCUUCUUCUUCUUCUUCUUCUUCUUCUUCUCUGACAUCUUAAUGUGUAGAAUCAAUGCUGUAGGUCACUUUACUCAGCGGCGGGUUCACAGCGCGGCGGGACGCUAAGAUGAUGAUGAUGAGGUCACGGCGACGUCAACGGCAACUUUCUGGGCAACUUGACAUCAGGAGACAUUUCAUCAUCACUUGAACAGUAGCAGCAGCACAACGUCGCCAUUUAAUCAGUACAGGAGCGUUGUGGUCGUUGCCCCACGGCGUUGCCCAAAGAGUUGCCCGUAGCGACGAAGCGCGUGAAGUCAAAACUUUAAAGGAAACUUCCCCUCAAAUAAUCUGUCUGAGAGCUCCUACGAUUCCCAGAAUGCUCUUUGACUAAAGGGGCAUUCCGCUGGAAACAGCUCCCAUAUAAAGAGUCUUAUCAAGUUGCAUUAUGGGAAACGUAUGCUGGAGAGUCAGCCUGUGCUGCUUCCAUGUCGACCGUUGUCAGUCCCCCUGAACUCACGAUUCGAUCUGGAAAGUUUCGAGACGUUUUGGCGCUCAGAGCGUUUUCGUGUGAAACCGGACGGCGUAGUAACCGAGAACCGAGAGUCAGAACCGAGAGUCAGCGCUGACUCGAAUCUGAACCUGCAGCUGCAGCCUGUCUGUCUGUUUCUACUCCUGCCGGUAAAGACGCUGGUCUUUAUGUAACCGGAGGGCCACGAGGAAACGUAGUUAAGGCGGCGUCCACGCUCGUGUAGAUGCAGUUGUAGACUGACAACUGAAUACCGCUCGCCUCCCUUUUCAAGCGUGCGGGAUAACCAAUCAGUGACUGUUAAACUUUUGAAAAAAGGUUCUAGAUCAGCGUGGACAUUUGGACAUGGGGACUUAUGGAGACUGACUCUCUUCUGGAGCCAGCCUCAGGUGGACGUUAGAGGAACUGCACUUCCUGUGUUAGCUUCCCCGGUGCCGCAGUUUCCUGCCUCAAAUCGUCGCUUAGCGCCGUCGGCUCGUCUUCGCUCGUCGCCCGCCGUCGCCGGGCUGAACCCGCCUCUGACUUUGUAAUUCAGUAAUUUUCACGGUAUUUUUUUGAAAAACAAAAAAAAGAAAAAUGACUGGGUUAAAUAUCACUAAACGCCUUGUUUUAACGGUAGCUUUGAGAUGAAUAGAAAUGUUUAAAAAAAUAAAAUAAAAUGUAUUUAAAAAAACAAAAAACUAAAAAAAAACUUCCAAAAUAUUUUUUUGAAAAGAAAAAAACAGAUUUUUACAUAUCAGUAUGAAGUCGGUAUAUCUGCGUCUACGUUUCUCGCUUACGUAUGUUUGGUUGAUGUUAGUGUGGCGAUCUGUUGCAUGGUUGUAGAGUCGUGUUAGCGUGACGGAAAAAAAGAAAAUGGAAAAAGAUUUUUUUGUUUGUUUGUUCUUAAAUGAAUCUGCAGUCCACUUCUCAGGGUCACAACCAAUCACCUUUACUCUUUCUAGGAAAAUGCAGAUUUACUUGACGGCUGAUGAUUCUUUGACUCUUUUCCAGCUCGGUCUCCCGGCGAGCUUUCCCCUCGUGUUUCUGAGGAAUAAUUGACUUUUAUUUGUUUGUUCUUGGUCCCUGGACUGUGAAAAUGAACUCUUGACGUUCUCAGUCGCCUGUUGGAAAUCCAUCGAGAUGGAGAGAAACUGUUUUAUUGUUUAUAUAUUUGUUAUUUCUUGUUGCUCGAGUGAACCUAACACGUUUUUUUUUAGAAACCUACUUUAUGCUUUUUAACUCUAUUUUUCAUGUUAACUUAGUUACAUUUUUUGCUAAACUGUUUUUAAAAAUAUUUAAACCAAAAAAGUAGCAGUGAUCUUUUAACCUCUCACUAGUUUAUGACGUUCUUUUUAUUUGAUUUGUUGUUGAACUUUUUAAAGUGUGUCGUUGCCGCGCUGCAGGACGAAAAGAAAACCAUCACAGAGUGACGCAUGACAUCACACGAAGUCUUCAGACUGAUUUAUGUCGUUUACUCGUUCUCUCAUCGGGGAGACGAAGCAAACACCAACUGGAGGGGAACAGCGGUCGUAGUAAGAGAUGAAACGCUUCGUAAAGACUCUUUGUGUCGAGUUCAGACGGCGUGCACAGAACGAAGUCAGAGUGAUCGCUUCCCUUCAUGACUUCUGUGACGUUCGUCUCACUGAUCCCGUUUAUGUUUCAUAUUUUCGACAGUCGGCUCAGCGAAGACGUAACUCGCCUGUGAUGGAGCCUUUGUCACAGCGUGGUCCGAUCAGUUUGCGUCGAUGGGACGGUAGCAUUAAUAAGAAAGCACUAACAAGAACGUUUGUUAGCCGUCUGCACGGUUUGCUGUACAUAGUUCGAUGGUUGUGUGGCUCUCUCUCUCUUUUUAUCUCUCUGUCUCUGCAAAUCGAGCUUUGCGACCGUGGACGAUGAUAUUUUGUGUUUUUAAAAAAGGCAAACUCAAAGACAGAAGGGACGGAGGAGACGCUGAUCUGUCUCCUGUCAGGAGCCUCUCACAUGUUUCACGUUGUGUUCUCAGUUCAUCUCUCCAUCAUCAGACUAACAGGGAUUUCUAAUGUUUUUGUUCAAUGCCUUGAAAUUUGUGGAUCACGUGCCUUCCAGGUUGAAAUGUUGUAAUGACAAUGCAUCAAUGAAGAACUUGAACUCCCUUUUUUUUUUGUUUUCUUUUAAUGUCCCGAGCAGACGUAAUAAAUAAACACACAUCAGAAACCAACUAUGCACGCCGCCGCCGCCCGUGUACAGCUUUUCUAAUGACUCAACAAACCAGACAGAACGAUGUAGCAACUUCUCUCCUUGUUUGUUUGUGUGAAGAAUAUUUUGUGGCAUUUUUAUUUUUCACCACGUGUUAGACGUUUUGUUUGUGUAGUUUACUGGAAUAAUAAAAACAGCACUUUGCCAAAAAUCAAAAAAAGGUUGUAGGACGUUUUUAGUUUUAAUUUUUUAUUUAUCGACAUAACUGGUCUCCUUUGUAUUUUUGGAUGUGUGACAGAUCAACUCGCUCUGUUCUGAAAAAGCUAAUUAAAAAAAUAAAUUGGGGUCAUCUGUUUUUGAACUGUUCUAGUUAAUACAUGUGAUCUCUUAUUAGCCUAUAAUAAAUGUUUUCAUACGCA